GGUCAAGGUACAGAGGAUCCGGCGCAUCGGGAGUUUUUGGAGAGAUUUCUGCUGGAUAUUUCGGAAGGAGAUUUUAAAGCCUUUCCCGAGGCUGAUCGUCUGCUGGUAUCAUCGCUGGAAAAAAGAAGUAUUUUGUAAAAAUUGAAGCGUUAGCUUCAUUUUUGCAGUCCAGUCUCGUAAUCAUACAAUCGGAAGUAAAUCUAAUUAAUUCAGUGACAUUUACUCCCAGCUCAUGAGGCUGAAUUUAUGUUGUAGAUCAUGGACGAGACUGCUUUAUCACUUGGAACAAUAGAUGUUUCCUAUUUGUCAUCUUCAGCAGAAUACACUGUCACUAGAUGUAAACAUUCCAGUGAAGAAUGGGGAGAAUGCAAUUCUAGGCCUACUGUCUUCCGAUCAGCCACUUUAAAAUGGAAAGAGACUCUUCUGGGCAGGAAUAGACCAUUUGUGGGACGCUGUUGUUACGUAUGCACACCUCAAAGCUGGGACAAGCUUUUUAAUACUAGCAUCCCUUCUUUGGGUCUGCGUAAUGUUAUCUAUAUUAAUGAGACACAUACACGGUACAGAGGUUGGCUUGCUCGGCGGUUUUGUUAUACUCUUUUCGUGCAAGAACGGGAUGUUCAUAAGAGCAUGUUUGCAAAUAAUGUGAUGGAAAAUGUACUGAAUAAUAGCCGAGUGCAGAACGCUAUUAUACAGGAGGCUUCAGAAUUAUCAGCUGUAAAUGGUCCUGAUCAGUUGGAAUCUAGAAACAUUAACAGAAUCAAGAAGAAAGCUAGAAGGAUCCUUCAAGAAAUGGUAGCAAAUGUCUCUCCUUCUCUGAUUAGGUUAACAGGUUGGGUUUUAUUGAAAUUAUUUAACAGCUUCUUUUGGAAUAUCCAGAUUCAUAAAGGCCAACUAGAGAUGGUGAAAGCAGCAACUGAGCUAAAUUUGCCUCUUGUCUUCUUACCGGUUCACAAAUCUCACAUUGACUACCUACUCCUCACAUUCAUUCUUUUCUGCCACAAUAUCAAGGCACCCUUCAUUGCAGCUGGAAAUAAUCUGAAUAUUCCUAUUUUCAGCACCUUAAUCCACAAACUUGGAGGUUUUUUUAUUAGAAGAAAAUUAGAUGAGAGACCUGAUGGCCGAAAAGAUAUUUUAUACAGAACGUUACUGCAUGUGCAUGUUGAAGAGUUGCUUCGUCAGCAGCAAUUCUUAGAGAUAUUUCUGGAGGGGACACGGUCCAGAAGUGGGAAAGUAGCCUGUGCAAGGGCAGGUCUUUUAUCAGUGGUGGUGGAUGCUCUAUAUUCAAAUGCUGCUCCUGAUGUACUAAUUAUACCUGUGGGAAUCUCCUAUGACAGAAUAAUUGAAGGUCACUAUACUGGUGAGCAGCUGGGAAAGCCCAAGAAGAAUGAAAGUCUAUGGAGUGUAGCACGAGGAGUCUUUCGAAUGUUACGAAAGAAUUAUGGGUGUGUUAGAGUAGAUUUCGCUCAACCGUUUUCUUUAAAAGAAUAUUUAGAUUGCCAAAAUCAAAAACCUUUGCCUGUUCCUCUUUCUUUGGAGCAUACUCUGUUACCAGCUGUACUGCCUUCAAGGCCUAACUACAUAGUGGGAGAAAGUUCAGAAACUGUCCUUCCUGAGUCCAGGAAUUUAUCUUGUGAGCCACUGAGAAGACAAUUAAUAGCCAACUUGGCAGAACACGUAAUGUUCACUGCUAACAAAUCAUGUGCUGUGAUGUCAACACACAUUGUUGCCUGUUUGCUGCUCUAUCGACAUAGACAGGGAAUUGAUCUUUCUAAGCUGGUGGAAGAUUUUUUUUCCAUGAAGGAGGAAGUCUUGGCUCGGGACUAUGACUUGGGAUUUUCAGGGAAUUCUGAAGAUGUUGUCAUGCACGCUAUCCAUUUGUUGGGAAAUUGUAUCACCAUCACGAACACCAGUCGGAAUAAUGAGUUCUUCAUCACUCCCAGCACAACUGUUCCUGCUGUCUUUGAACUCAGCUUUUAUAGCAAUGGGAUACUGCAUGUCUUCUUCAAAGAGGCUGUGAUCGCGUGUAGUCUUCAUGCUUUACUGAACAAAAGGCACAGAAAUGGUAUCAGUGGAAUUCUGCCCAAUGUGGUUAGUCAAGAACAACUGGUCCGAAAAGCUGCCAGCCUCUGUUAUUUGCUGUGCUAUGAAGGAACUGUUUCAUUGCCCUGUCAGCUGUUAUGUCAAGUGUGCCAUGAAGCAAUUGAACAGUUCAUACAAUAUGGAGUUCUUUUAGUAGCAGAGCAGGAAGAACAGGAGGAUAUUAGUUCUAGCCUUACAGAGCAAAACUGGGAAAAGAGUAUUCCAGAGCCAUUAUCUUGGAGAAGUGAUGAGGAGGAUGAAGAUAGUGAUUUUGGUGAAGAACAACGGGAUUGCUACUUGAAGGUGAGCCAGUCACAGGAACACCAGCAAUAUAUCUCCUUCCUGCAGAAACUGCUAGGGCCAUUACUGGAGGCAUAUAGUUCAGCCGCCAUUUUCAUCCAUAAUUUCAGUGGACCUGUCAGGGAAACAGAAUGUCUUCAAAAGUUACACAAAUACUUAAUAUCAAGAACAGAAAAGAAUGUUGCAGUGUACGCUGAGAGUGCCACCUAUUGUCUUGCCAAAAAUUCAAUUAAAGUUUUUAAAGAAAUGGGGGUAUUUAAGGAGACAAAACAAAAGAGAGAGAACAUUUUGGAACUAAGCAGUACUUUUCUACCUCAUUGUAAUCGGCAAAAACUAUUAGAAUUUAUUCUGAGUUUUAUUGUACUUUAGAAUAUCUCUCAACUUCUCCUAGUAGACUUGGACAAUGUGAUGCAAAGCUUCAGGGUUUGGCUCUGCUUCCAUAGAAUCAGUAGUGCCAUUUUUGGCAAGGCCUUAUCUGACCCAAGCCAUAAAAAGACAAGUGCCUUCUUACAUAUGCACAUAUGGAACUACAAUAUUUAGAAUUCACACACAUUGCUAUCAUCCAACAUGUUCAGUCAAUGUAUGCACAACCCCUGAGUUUUUCCAUAAAUCUGUAUCAGGUAUUACGGUUUUUACAUUGCGAAGUACCACACUUACUUCAAAACUAAUGAAUGACAAAUGCACCUAUCUUCCAGAUUUGAACUGCAUAAAAUAAUUUGGAUUACUCUGUGAACUUAGCAAAAGCUGUGUCAGUAUAACUACUUCAUUGUAUUCAGUACUGUAAAGGAAUGGUUUUUAGAAAAAAAAUUAAUGGGGGCGUGGGGGGGGUCUGAAAGGGCAUAUAAUAUUUCUACUAAUAGUAUGGUAACAUAGUAAGCAAAAAUGGCAAAGUAGUCACCAGGAUCUCAUUAAAAUUAGUUGAACAGCAAACAGCCUGCACAGAGUGUGAUCCAAGCAGCAAAAUAUGAGUAUAAGAAUGCAUCAAUCUUUCUAAUGUAUAAAUAAGAAUUCAAAAUUCAUUAAAUUGGUGCACUAAAAAAACAGAUAACCCAAUUUGUCCUGCAAAGUUCUAAAAGCUUUUCCUGAUGAGCAUUUAAACUUUAGUACUUUGUUUUCCUUGCAAGCACUCGGAACUCAGAUGUAACUCUGGCUUAAGCACCCUGUGGUGCUUUUCCAAAAGGCAACUGACUUCUGAAGAACUGAAGAAGCUUCUUGAAUGAGGAG